AUGUCACAGCAGAAGCAGCAAGCCUGGGAGCCCCCUAGUGCUCCCAAAUGCUCAUCUCCCCAGUGCCCAACCCCCACCCUGGCUGUCUGCUCUGCUCCUUGCUGUGACCCCCAUUCAGGAGGCUGUGAUUCUGGUUCCCAAAAGCCUGGGAAGCAGAGUCCUGGCCGUUCUCAGAGGGCUCACCGCAAGAAGCCCCGCUGCCUCAGUGGUGGCACAGUCUACCACAUCAAAGAGGAGGAAUGCUGAGUGUCCCCAUAUUUCAAGGCUUCAAAGCUUUUCCUCAAGAUGCAGGGCAUGAGCUGGGGAAGUGAGAAGGAAAAGCUGCUCCGGGGUGGAUGCCCUCUGACUACAGGGAGGAUGGAGCUGCAGAGGGUCCACUGA